AGCGCGCCUUCUACGUCGCGUUCGCGCUUUAACGAACGUUUUUACUUCCUUAAUCCUAAAUCCUUAACAAUAAUAAUCCAAAUCUAUUUAAUUAAAUCAUCUUCCUUAUUUGAUAUUUCAUUAAAACGAUUAAUAUUGUUUAAAUCAAUAUAAAACGAAUGAUUAUUAACGUGAUAAUAUAUCUUGAAACAUUUAAGUUUUCUUAUGGUGAUUCUAUCUACUAUUAUUACUACUAUAUUAAGUAGUUAUCUAUAUUCGUGGUGAAACGGGGUGGGUGAGGGGGAUUGAGGGAGAGGGAGAUAGAUAGAUAGUCAACAAGUAUUAUCAUACAACAAGAGAUUUCUCAGGUAUAGAGACGUCUUUUCCGAAGAUGGGGAGAUCUGAACGCAAGAAGAGUCAUCAACAUGAUCCAUUCUUAUAUAUCGUAUCGUAUAUAUCGAAAAGGAGAACCUGAAGCAAGCGAAUGUGCGAACUGGGGUAUCUUUCACCCUGCGGGACGGCAAUAGGAAGACCCGUCGUCGUCCCUGGAGUCUCUUUCGUCGGUUGUCCUACGCUCUCAUGAGAGGCCCUACUACCGUUGGAAAACAUGAAGACCGAUCGUCCGACGAUGAUUCUCAGCUUCUGCGUUCUCCUAUUACUGCUAAGAUCCGACGUCUGUUCCCUGAUAAUACGAUCAUGCAAUCAAUCGUUAGGAAUGGAAUCUGGUGCUAUUCCAGAUUCCUCGAUCACAGCGUCAUCGUCGUACGUAACUAAUGUCGGUCCACGUAAUGGAAGACUGCGAAAGGAGACGGCGGGUGGCGCAUGGUGUCCAAGGAGUCAAAUAGAAAGAGGUAUUCGCGAAUGGUUGCAAGUGGAUCUUCCUGGAGCUCACGUUAUAACAGGAGUGCAAACCCAAGGUCGUUACGAUCAUGGCCGUGGCCAGGAAUACGUCGAGGAGUAUACUCUCGAGUAUCGACGACCAACAUUUUCCGAAUGGCGUCGUUAUAAACGUUCAAAUAACCAAGAGGUUUUUCCUGGCAAUAGCGAUACGUCGACGGUGAUCUCUCAUAAUCUUGUACCACCAAUAUUCGCCAAUCAAAUACGUAUACUCCCACAUUCGGUCCACAGACGUACUGUUUGCCUUCGUAUCGAACUUAGAGGUUGUCAAGAUACCAAUGGCAUUGCGAGUUAUACUAUACCAGAAUCACCGAUGGUAGAAUUCAGUGACACUUCGUACGACGGUAAAAGGCAGUACAACUCGUUGACCGAUGGUUUAGGCCGACUGAUAGAUGGCGAGGUCGGCGCAGAUAAUUACAGGCUGGACAUGGGAGAUGGAAGAGGAACCGGUUGGAUCGCUUGGAUGCGCGAUACGUUCGCUACCGAUUUCGUAGAAAUUGUCUUAGAAUUUGAGAAUUAUUGGAUAUUCGAAACUGUUAACAUUUACACGAACAAUUAUUUUUCCCGUGACGUUCAGGUUUUUUCGAGGGCUAAUAUUUGGUUCAGUCAAGAUGGCGAAUAUUACGAGGACGAACCAAUCGCUUAUUCUUACAUACCAGAUAUCGUAUUGGAAAAUGCACGAAACGUUACCAUUGGACUUCGCGGCCGGCAAGGAAAAUUUCUUAAAUUUCAUCUAUAUUUCGCAGCACGUUGGAUCAUGAUUGGCGAGAUUAUGUUCGACAAAUCCAAUCCAUACGAAAACGUAACGGAGGAGACAACUUUGAUGAUGGAAGAUGGCGAAACUCCGGUCAGUCCAAAUGCAGAUCUCAAUCUCAAUCUGCAAACAGUCACAGCACCGAGCGAGGGACAGGAAUAUUUGGAGGUAUUGAUAGGCGUCCUCACCGCUAUUAUACUUCUUCUACUCAUGGUCUUUGUUGUCAUUUUGCUAUUGAAUCGACGACAAAAACUUCAAAGUUCACCGACCGUACUUAAAAAUCCAUUUGGAUUCACGAUCAAUAUGAAGGGACUACUUCUAAAUUUAACGCCCGGUGGUAUGUUGAAUGACAGCGGUAAUCAUGCAUCGGUUGACGCGCCCGAAGACGUCAGCGUUCAUGAAUCAUUAACUAUGGAACAAUUCGAUUCCCCAUUGGUUAGUCCGCAAUGUAAAUCGACUUAUGCGAUCGUAGCCAAUUCCGAACCACCAAAAGAUUCAAAUGAUAAUUCAACGAUCUCCGAAGAAAACGUACGAUUGAACAGUCGAGCAGAUUCCAUAUUGGAACCACCAAGUUGUUCCUCAUCGCCAACCGAAUCAAUCUCUCGUCAUAUGCAUCAUUACAGAACAUUACAAAGUUACAGCAGUAACAGCAAUAAACUUAAUAUGACAACGACAACGACAACGACGACGACGACGACGACGACGACGACGACAGGAACCAACGCCAUCAUUACUACAACAACUACAACAACAACAACAACGACGACGACGACAACAACAACAGCAAGUUAUCGUCGAGAUAUGGAUCGUGGUCAUUCAAAACGUUGGCACACAGCACCAAAAGAAAAAUCUGUUGCAUUACAACAUAACAAUGUUCCGUCAAUUAACAAGAUACCCGCACCCGUCGUCACUUGGAACAUAGCUCCUAGCAUGAACAAACCAUACAAAUGCAAAGAGAUCGAACCAACCGGUGUACCCCGGCUUUGCUUGAGAACCACGGAAAAACUUGGCUCAAGCACUAUCGGAGAAGCUAUCGUCUGUGAGACCGUAGACCUCGACGAUGUUAUACCAAGUGCUCCAAGAUUGGUCGUGGCCCGUGUACCAACUUGUAUCAACGACAUUCGAACUGGGCACAUAAGCAACAACGCUGGAGGGAUCGGCAUGCCCGGUACGAACGAUCAAAUGAGAGAAGUGAGGUUUCUAUCUGGAUUGUCCGAUCCGAAUGUGGCAAGGAUCUUGGGUGUCUGUGCAGCUGAGCCAGCUCCAUGGACAAUCAUCGAGUACACCGAACUCGGUGAUCUUGCCCAUUAUCUUCAGUAUAGCGUACCGCUUACAGGAACUUUAAGACCGACCUGCAAUCUAAAGACCCUGAGUCAAAACUGUCUCCUCUAUAUGGGUACGCAAAUAGCUUCGGGUAUGAGGUAUCUCGAAUCAAAGAAUCUGGUACAUAAGGAUCUUGCUGCCAGAAAUUGCUUGGUUGGUCGAUCAUAUGCCGUGAAAGUUACGGAUAUCGCAAUGUGCAGCGAUCUUUAUAAGAAGGAUUACAGCGACAUUGGUGGUAGACCACCAGCACCGAUCAGAUGGUUACCAUGGGAAAGCAUUCUCUUGGAUAGGUAUACAUGUGCAAGUAGUACAUGGUCAUUCGCAGUAACACUUUGGGAAGUGAUGAGUUUAGCCAGAGAAAAACCAUUCCAACAUCUCACCAAUGAUCAAGUUAUUAGAAAUGCCGAACAUAUGUAUUACGGGGAGGAAUCACAAGUAUUCCUACCGAAGCCAACAAUGUGUCCAGAUGACGUUUACAAAAUGAUGUGUUCCUGUUGGAGAAGGGACGAAGAAGCAAGACCAUCUUUCAAAGACAUCUAUUCUUUCUUAAAGAACACGAUCGCGGAUUAUCGACCUGGCACAUAACAUCGAUAAACAUUGAACGAAUUUUUGUUUCACGUUUCGAAUAACAACGUUAUCGGAUGGGCUAUGAGUAAUUUGAAACGGUAUUCGCGUAUCAUUUGACCUUCGGCAUUCUCCUAUUAAGUGAAUAUCUUUGAAAACUAAUACUAUCCCAAUACAGAAGACAAUUCCGUUUGAAUGUACGAAUCUGAACAACUUUCUAAGAUCGUUUAACGACGAGAGCCGAUAAACGGAAAGCUAUUUGCGUUAUAAGAUGUCCCUAUCUAAACGCAUUAUUAUAAUCUUUAGUACGUUCUAGAGAUCCGUAAACUUCCGUAAAUGCUAAUUAAAGAUUUCUUUGCUCCUGCUGAUUGGAUUUGCGAACAAUUAGCUACACGUUUUGCGUGAACACGAUAACGUGUCAAAUAAGAGAGAGACUGCCAGAGUAUGCGUGCGUGUCUAUAUGUGUCUGUGUGUGU